ACCAUACUAUUAAGUAAAUAUUGAAAAACUAAGCUAUCCAUGAGCCAAAAAAAAAAAAACUAUGAAGGACCAUUAAGUAAAUAUUGAGAAGUUGAGGGGGUCAUGGGUCCUUGGGCCUCUACUGAGAAGUUGAGGGGGUCAUGGCCACCUUGGGCCUCGACAUAGCUCCGUCCUGGCAACACGCCACGUGUCCUGCAUCCGAGUACCACGUGGCAACACCUAAACUCAGCGCCACCCUUCUAUAAGAAACAGCAGAGACUACGUAAGGCGGUGGAUGCUGCACAACACUACCUCUUCUAAAGAAGCUGCUAUUGUUAUUGGUUAUUACGCGAAGAAAACGAAGAGAAGAGACGGACAUUGUGGUGGGCGUCGACGACCACCCCUUGCUCUCGGCGCUGCAGCAGGCGACGUCGGACGCUCCCAACGCUCCCGCGCAGGCGAAGAAGGCGGCGGUGGUGAAUGCGCCGACGGACGUGCUCGAGCUCCCCAAUGGCAGCUCGUGAUCGCCGUUGACGUGCCCGGGGCGAGCCGCGAGGACGUCACAGUCCGCCUGGAGGACGGCAAGCUGCUGGUGAUAUCCGGGGAGCAGAGGCGGGCGGCGGACGACGAGGGGGUGAAGUAUUUGAGGACGGAGAGAAGGGUGGGAAAGUUCGUGCGCAACUUCCCGCCGGAGACGGCGAACCUCGAUAGCGUAUCCGCGGUGUAUAAGGAGCGGAUGCCGCCGGCACCGGAGCCGAAGAAGCGCAAGACAUUUGAGGUUAAGGCUGGGUGAGGAGAAGAGAAAGGGAUGCAUAUACACGUACGAAUGGUUAACUUCAUGUAUAUAUCUGCAUGGUUUUGUUAGUGUUUGAUGUGGAUGGAUCACUUAUAAGAGGGUGUUUUUUUUUUUUUUUUUUUGGUUUUUUCCUCUCCUUGUUGCUACAAGAAGAGAAUGUAAAUCUGCAGCUCGCGGGGUAGAGGGGGAAAUAUAAGAGUUGCACUAGUAAAUGCUUUUUGUUAGAAGAAGAUGUUGAAAUAAUAAGUAAAUGUUUCGUUAUGUGGACCACGAUAUUAGGCACUAAAAAAGUUCACACAAUUAAUUUCCUGCUCGUACCGGGUUGAGAGUUUGGGCCGGAUAACUAUAAAGUGAUUGUUUUCUUUUUGGGGUGGUAUGAAGUGAUUUGGGCUCACUAAUGGGCCGAAAUUCCACUUCUCCUAGGAGGAUUCGAAGAGAACGAUCUCGGAACUUCUAGAAACAAACCGAACCUUCCAUCGCGUUCUCGAUCCUACUCCACACCCCCAGACGAAGCUAAAGGUAAUUCCAUCCAUCACCUUCUUCCUCUCUCCCCUCGCACUUUAAAUUCUCCCGAACCCCCCCAUCCCUCUCCCCUCAGAUCGACGAGAGGAGAGAAAACCUGCAUCGGGCCUUCGAUUCGACAAGGAAAA